AUACAUCUAAUCCUCCGAAUAAGUUAAGAAGUUAACAACAUAAUAUCAACUUGUACGAAGGUAUAAAGUUGGUAUAAAGUUUGCGUAGAAUGGUCACUUCCUAAAAUUGUACACGUAAAGACGGUCAAAUAUGUAGCUGGAACAGCCCGAUACGAAUAUUUCUAGCCCAUAGACUAGAGAGUAAUGUGUAAAUAGUUGAGAAUAAAAAUGUCUUAUAUAUUUAUUCAUAUUAUGCCAGACUAGAUCUUGCUACCUUAUGUUUAAUUACUUUUUUGUGAAACAGUAUAGUGUUAUUUACGUUAUCGAUAGCCAUAUCAGAUUUAGCUCCGUAAGAACUGUCAUAUUUCAUUCAUUCAUCCUUGUGGUUUCGUUGAAUUUCUCGGUUUACUUACAGCUUUAUUUACAUUUAUUGAUAUUAGAAAACGAAAUCGUUAUAUACCCAUCCAUUUCCAAUACGUUUCGAUUGACAAAUAAUGCUCAAUGUAACUACAAAUAGAGCUUAAAUUUGUGGCAAGGCGGCCUUCAACACGCAUAAAUUCACAGACAUUAUUCCAAAUGUAUUGUUUUGAUAGAUAAUGGAUCCGAGAAUGUGCAGAAAAAUCAGUAGUAGUGAAAGUCUUCCAGAUGCUGAAAAUGUGGAAUACGAAGUGGCGAGCAUCAUCGCGCCGCAAGAGAGCGAAGAGAACCUCCUGGAGGGCAGCCCCGAGCUGCGCUCCGUCACCUGGCUGGACGACGACCAGAUCGAGGACCUAGAUCUUAAUUUAGACCAAACUAACCUAUUUUUCCAUAGAGUCGAUAGUGCAGAUAUAAUUUAUAGAAGCAAGAAGAAAAAAUGCAAAAUGGUCGGGAAAUACGUUAUGGGGGACAUAUUAGGAGAGGGUUCGUACGGGAAAGUAAAGGAGAUGUUGGACUCUGAGUCGCUAUGCCGGCGCGCGGUGAAGAUCCUGAAGAAGCGCAAGCUCCGCAGGAUACCCAAUGGAGAGCAGAAUGUGCAGCGAGAGAUACAGCUGCUCCGGAUACUUAGACAUAAGAAUGUGAUAGAACUAGUCGAUGUUUUAUUUAAUGAUGAAAAACAGAAAAUGUACCUUGUCAUGGAGUUCUGUGUGGGUGUGUUACAGGACAUGUUAGAGUCAAGUCCGGGCAAGAAGUUCCCGCAGCAGCAGGCCCAUGACUACUUCAGGCAGCUACUAGACGGACUGGAGUACUUGCACGGGCAAGGAGUCGUGCAUAAGGACAUCAAGCCAGGCAACCUGCUGCUGACUCUUGAUUCCACACUGAAGAUUACUGAUUUUGGUGUUGCUGAGGCACUAGACAUGUUCUCGCCGGAGGACACGUGCUACACAGGACAGGGCUCGCCCGCCUUCCAGCCGCCGGAGAUCGCCAACGGCGCUGAGCAGUUCUCGGGCUUCAAAGUCGAUAUUUGGAGCAGCGGCGUCACACUGUACAACAUGACGACGGGCCGCUACCCGUUCGAGGGCGACAACGUUUACCGGCUCCUGGAGGCGAUCGGUCGCGGCGAGCCGGCGCCGCCGCCCGCGAACCUAGGGUCUACGUUGCGGUCCCUACUUAUCGCUAUGCUGCAGCGCGAGCCACAGCGGAGGCCCAGCGUUCAUGAGAUCAGGAGACACGCAUGGGUCCAAGCGACGCCGCCGCUGGAGGCCGGCGAGCGAGCAGUGAGCCCGCGAUCACGGCGCUCCGACGACCUGCACACUUCCACCGUGCUGCCCUACCUCGUGGAGCGGCACUACGGCUCGCAGGACUACUUCACCGGCGACCUGCGCCACGGUCAGUACAUCAUCUCAGGCCAGCUACCCUCCACGACCUGCACACUUCCACCGUGCUGCCCUACCUCGUGGAGCGGCACUACGGCUCGCAGGACUACUUCACCGGCGACCUGCGCCACGGUCAGUACAUCAUCUCAGGCCAGCUACCCUCCACGACCUGCACACUUCCACCGUGCUGCCCUACCUCGUGGAGCGGCACUACGGCUCGCAGGACUACUUCACCGGCGACCUGCGCCACGGUCAGUACAUCAUCUCAGGCCAGCUACCCUCCACGACCUGCACACUUCCACCGUGCUGCCCUACCUCGUGGAGCGGCACUACGGCUCGCAGGACUACUUCACCGGCGACCUGCGCCACGGUCAGUACAUCAUCUCAGGCCAGCUACCCUCCACGACCUGCACACUUCCACCGUGCUGCCCUACCUCGUGGAGCGGCACUACGGCUCGCAGGACUACUUCACCGGCGACCUGCGCCACGGUUAGUACAUCAUCUCAGGCGAGCUACCCUCCACGACCUGCACACUUCCACCGUGCUGCCCUACCUCGUGGAGCGGCACUACGGCUCGCAGGACUACUUCACCGGCGACCUGCGCCACGGUUAGUACAUCAUCUCAGGCGAGCUACCCUCCAUGACCUGCACACUUCCACCGUGCUGCCCUACCUCGUGGAGCGGCACUACGGCUCGCAGGACUACUUCACCGGCGACCUGCGCCACGGUCAGUACAUCAUCUCAGGCGAGCUACCCUCCACGACCUGCACACUUCCACCGUGCUGCCCUACCUCGUGGAGCGGCACUACGGCUCGCAGGACUACUUCACCGGCGACCUGCGCCACGAGCUGGGCGACGGGGGCUCCCGCACCCUGUCCACGGCCGAGUUGUCCGAGCAGUCGUCGCGCAAGCACCGCUGGCACUCCGCCUGCGGCCGCCUGCCCUCCUGCCGCCUCACGUGAUCCGCCCGUCUCCGACCCACUAUCUAGGACCAUUGAGGUUUAGUCGCCAUACAAUGCCUCCAGAACUCCACGGUGGCUCCCGCAUACUAUUUACAUCUGGAUUUUCUGAGCAGUCGUCGCGCAAUCACCGCUGACACUCCGCUUAUGGCCGCCUCCCUUCAUGCCGCCUCACCCCAUUGGACCAGUCAUUCUAUACAAACCUAACAAGAAACAUUAUUUCGGUGGAUCAACUUUAUAUUGACACUUUCGUCUCAUGCAGCCUUAUGUGAUAGAUCACGCUUAGAAGCGUCUCCCACCCACUACCAAGGACCAUUACGAUUCGGUACUCACAAUACCCGCAGAACUCCAUUGCAGCUGAGUUGUCUGAGCAGUCAUCACGCAAGCACCGCUGGCACUCCGCCUGCGGCCGUCUCCUCUCCUGCCGCCUCACGUGAUCCACCCGUCUCCGACCCCCUAUCCAGCACCAGUCAAUCUGCAGUUGCCAAACAAGGAGCGUUACUAAGCGAUCCGAGGCAUUUCUUGAGUGGAUCAACUUUUUCUUGGGACUUGCCAUGGUUACGCCUCCUGCCGCCUCACGUGAUCCAUGUGUCUGAAACUCACUAUCUAUACCUACAGAAUUUUACGAUUACUUUCGCGCGUCCGCGAAUUACACUGUUCUUUUCGCCAAUUAUAUAACCCAAUUAUUGGAUCAAAACUUACGGUAAAAUAUGUCAGUGAAACUCACGGCCCUGUUUGAUGUAAAAUUAUAGUAAUUAUCUUACCUGUACUAACGCAGCUUGAUUCGUUCAUGUGCUUUUCUUUACUGUCCGGAUUUUAUUCUCUACUUGUAUGUAGCUAUAUGGUUUUUGUGUAAGCACUUAUAAUCUAGAAACUUAUGGUUUACAUUUAACAAUUACCACUAAGUAUACCUAAUAUUUUUUUUUUAAAUAUUGUAUUAAGGGCUUUAAGUGGUCUCGGCAAAGAAAAAUAAUUUGGAUUGUAACAAAUACUGAAAGGGUAUUAAUAUUAAAUAUUUGCAUGUAUACACAAUUUUGUAAUCGCUAUCAGAUACCUUAGAACAAAUAAGCGCUCCCGCCUGUGCAAUUUAUUUGUCCAAUGUGCAUCGCGUCUCACUCUCUCAUUAAGCAAAAUGUGAGAUGUGUAUGCAAAUACACAUUGGACCAAGCAAUUGGACAGGUAGAGUACCAGAGGCAACUGAGCUCGGGCUGAGAACUUAUUUUGACGUUGAAAUUUGUUCGAAUACUUUUGAAGACGAUGCGUGUUUGAUGGCGACUCUACAGGCUUAGAAAAUUCUUAAACUUGUCUUGUCCAUUCUUCACGACAAUAAAUACAAAAUUAUAUUGAAAAUGUACGAAAGAUAUAAGCAAUAAUACAUAUAAAAGAAAGAUAAAUCCGGAUAUAAAAAUAACGUAUCAAUUAUCUAAGUAUAUAUGUGUAACCCUUAAAACCUAUGUAGUAUAUCAAUUAAUAAAUACAUGUAGUUUACAGACCAUUUUCCCUUGUUGCAACGAGAUAGGGACCAUUUAUUUUGAGAUUUGUAUGUUUUGUUUGUGUGUACCGAUAAAGCAAAGGAAUCACCCGUUAUUGCACAAGCGGAUCUGCACAUCGCUCCAGUGUUUGAGCAAGACAGUGCUAUGCACGUAUGAAUAUAGCCUGGGCGAAUAAAAUAAAAACAGUGUUUAUACAAAGUCGCGAUCUUCCAAUAUUCAGCGCCGUCUAAUGAACGAAAAUUGAGUUACUAUAACCAGAUGUCUAAGUACCGAACAUAAUAGAUGGCACUAAAUCCUCUGGUCAAAAUAACUCAGUUUCCGUUCAAUAGGUGGCCCUUCGGAACCCCAAAACCUGAGGGCUAAGUAACAAAAUGGAUGGAACAGAGACCUGCUAGCUGCUAGUGACGCUGUCUGGCAAUAACCUAAAUAUUGUAGGAACGCGACUUUGAGUUUUUGGUUUGGGGCAUUCGGAUCCGCAUCUAAUGUAAACACCGCUUUUUUAUUUAUAUAUACUUUUUGAAAGACCGCAAAAGUGUUUAGGGGAGACCAAAUUUCACUGCCGCUUGCGAUUUGAUAUACGGACAAUUCGGGCAUUGUACAGUUUUCGCAUGUACAUAUGGUCUUUCUCUUGGUAGUGUUAUGGCAAGAAUAUUAAAUACAAUCGAUCUGUCUGUCCCGUCUAAUGUUGAAUCGUGAAACAUGACCUUAAAUAACGUCACGUUGGUAAGAGAUAAACGCCCACAGCGUAACGCUGCCAUCGUUUAAAAGAAACCAUGUCUUUAGAUAUGCCAAAGCCAAAGUAACAAACCACAGACUUUUGUAUGGUUUCAAGGUGCCGUCUCCUUGCAGGGUGAACUCUUUAAAGUAUCUGUAACUUUGUAUAAGCUUGAAAGCUGCUGCUACUACUUUCAAGAGAAUCUCUUGCAGAAAGCAGUGCAAUAUAAAUUGUGUGGGGUCAUUUAUUUAAGGUCAAUAUUUCGCGCCUCGAGAGAAAAUGACGAGAAAUCCAUUGAAUGUAAUAUUCUUGCUCUAUAAAAGGAAAAAAAUAGGGUUUUUUAAUUGAUGGGAUUUCACAGAAUCCUAUUUAUAUAUGAAGUCUCGAAAACUUUGGGGACGUUGAAAUACAACGUACAUCGCAACUGGUCUCUGCGAUUUGUUUUGGAUGUUGCAACUAUAUAAUGUAUUAUAUGACAUAAUAAAUGGUAUUGUGUAAAUGUGGUAGCAUUAAAAGCAAAGAGUUGUUAGUGAGAUUGUAGAAGAGGCGUAAAAUUUAUGAAAAAAAUCGUACCGUGUCCCUGAGUUUGAGAACCGAAUUAGAUAGCGGUAUAUGGCGCUAUACGUUUUAAUGGUAACUGGGGCGGUAUCAUGGUCGCAUUUUCAUACUUGUUAGAACGCGACAGGCAUGAUGUCAGACGAUAAAACAUCGACCAUCUUAGCACUACUGAAUUAUAGAAUGCGUUUCAACGCAUGGUACGAAUAUUUCUUUGAUUUUAUCCCUCAUCUACUAUUAAUAACUUUAUGAAUAAGUUAUGUGUGGCUUAGAACUGUACCUAUUCAACACGCCAAUUAAUCUUGUCAGUUUUAUUCUCUUGAUUUAAAUUAGUCUCCAUAUUAAAAACACCCGGAAUUUAAUAAAUACUUUUGUAUUGGGCAUUAUGAUCCGCUUAAGGCCAUUAUAGGUAUCAUUCUGUAUAACAGGAUCGCAUUUUUUUACCACCUCUCGGUCCCUUCGUUUCAAACCGAAUCUUUUAACAGCAAAAAUUUCGCCUACAUUUUCUACUUCAAGAAACGAUACAAGAUAUAUUAUGAUCUUAAUCGGAUCAUCAGUACCUAUUUAUUUCUGUGGCGUAACUAUUGGCAAUGUAUAUGACUGUGGCGCUGCAUGGCGGCUAAAGGUUACUUUAGUUAUCUGUCAGUUGACGGGAGUUCUCAUUAUUACGAAGUUGCUUUAGUUUCCCCACUACGCACUUCGCAUAUAGCCAACACGCCGAUCCUGAUUUAACAAUUUGUGGAGGUGUUGAUCGUGUUAUGAUACGACCUCGACGAUCACUCACGUUGCACGCUGGUGCGCGUGAAAUGCACUGUGGAGUCUUGUUAGGCAUCUCGCUCGCGCUUCUUGUUAGGUGUGUGAAUCGCGUCAAAGUCGUAUCAUAACAAGAUCAAAAGUUUUGUUCUUGCAAGAGGUUUAUAUGUGUAGAUGGAUCUCAAAUUGAGGAAUCGUGUAUGAUUAUUGUUAUUUUCUACAGAAUUUGCGUAGUUGUUCAUAUAUCUCUAACUAUAGUUCUUGCCAUACUGCGACUCACACUUCAUUAAAUCUAUUCGUCGGUAUAAUCCAUUAGCCGUUUUUUUUGAUUUCUUGUUAAAUCUCGGGGUUCCUAUCAUUAUCGCUUAAACACUUGAUAUGAACGUUGAAUGUAACAUUCAGUAUAUAGCAAUAAAAUGUCUGGAUCUUAGAAUGCCAUAAUAAGUACGGUUCAUUAGUUAAAAGAAUCUAACAAGGAAGGGUACCCAACUCUCCGACUCCGAUUUGAUUAAUUUUGAUAUAUGUUAUAGAGUAGUCUAAAAUAACGGACACGUAUUUUUUUUUUGCUGCCCAAACUCAACCUGUUAGGAGAAAAUGGCCUUCAAAGUACUAAAAAUUUACUAAAUCUUCUAACUCCUAUAGAAAGUGAUGCUCAAGCAACUUGCUGUUGAGUUUAGGCAGCUAAAAAAAAAUACGUGUCCGUUAUUUUAGACUACUCUAUAACAUAUAUCAAAAUGAAUCAAAUCGGAGUCGGACAGUUGGGUAUUUCCUUGUAAGCUUUGGAUAAUUUAAUUUUUGGCUUAAAGUAUUUCUUUCAUUCAGACGAUUUAAAUUUCCAGGUCCUUUGUUACUUGCUCAUUCUAAUUGUAUGUUGUUUUGCUGAAACUGUCUUUGCGCGAUAAGGUCAAUAAAUCUGAUAGUUACCCAGAUCUCGCUUAACCAUAGUAGAUAGAAUGGGAUAUGCUUGUAUUGAUUGUUAGCUUUUUGGCAAAGAGUUUCUGAUUGUAGAUUAAGUCCCAUAAAGUCUAAGAAAAAAAUGUGGCCCCGAGUUCGAGAGCUGAACUAGAUGGCGCUAUACGGCGCCAUGUUUUGUAGUAUAAACGUCAACUUUUGACAACCAGUGUUUCCGCAUAAUCCACCGUGUUUUUUUUAAUCUCCGUUAACUUCGGGUAUGGCUACUGCUGAAAGGCAUAGUUAUUUUUUUCCUAAAAAGUAAUUAAUAGCAUUGCUGUAACACGGACAUUAUAUUUAAACCCACCAAACAAUUGAAAACUAUCACAUAUGACACAUCAAUGACAUUUAGGCUGGUUUUAGUGUCAUGCGGACCGUCAAUACGGAUCGCUCCGCACCGGACCAAUAUGACGGGUCCGCACGGACGGCGGACAUGAACUUUAUACAAAUAGUCGGUGCAGUUCGCUCCGUACUGUCGAUCCGCAUGACACUAAAACCAGCCUUAGAAUAUCAAUCGUCCGAGAUAGUGGUUGAGCUUAGUAGCAAAUUUAUAAACUCAUACUAAACGCUAAUCAAUAUGUAAACAGGCUCUAAGGCUCGCUCGUAGGUGCCUUAUCAGAUAAAAAAAUAAUCAUUGAUUAUAUCUAAAAUAGAGUUAAUUAGAAUACCGGUUUUUUUGAGAAAGUAACUUAAUUUAAGCUCAAGAAUACACCCUUGAAAUUAACGGACUUUAAAAAAAACACCGUGUGUAUGGGGCCGUACAGCAUCAUCCACUUUACCCAUCGAAUUCGAGACACGAUUUUUUCUUAGUUUAUAAGUUUUCUAUGAUAAAUAAUUCUUUGCUUUUUAGUAAAGUACAAGUUUCUGUGUGAUCGUUGCAAACUUAAUUAUUUACUUACUGUCCAAAUACUUUUAUAUUAGCGUAAAAAAGCAGCCGUUUGUUGAAUUGUCGGUUUUGGUUUAAUUAACUUUAUCGGAAGCAUGAUAGAUAAUAUUUUUUAUAUAGUAUUUUUAGUUUUCUAACAUCAGGUUUUCUAUUUUUCUUUUUAAAUAAAAUCAGACCUCGCUUUUCCACAUACGGUGUGUUUUAUAAAAUUAUUUUAUUGGAUAGGUGUAGAUAUUAAUACCUAUAGAAUAAAAUUUAAUAUAGAUAAUUUUGGUGUUAAACUUGUCGAAGUAACUAGUCAUAUUUAGAAUUGGUUCACACCAGAUAGAUAACUUACUUGAUACACUUGUUAAUUCAAAUCGGGCUCUGACAAAAUUAUAAAAAAGCUUCAGUAGAUGGCGCUGGUUCAGGGUCCUCCUGUAAUUUUGAAAAAAAAAUGUAAUUUAACUUUGCGUUUGAUCAUCAGAACUAUAGUGGCUCAAACAAGUUUGUCAGUAGUAAAGCGCGAAUUUUAAAUUUUCUAUGGGACGUUAACCCUUUGCGUAAUUUUUUUUAAUUUGCCGCAUUUUUCUACUGACGGAAAUGGCUUGACAGACUAUAACUACAUAUACCUUUAUAUGUAAGUCUUCGAUUUAAGCUACGUCUACUGUAGUUUUAUUAUUGCGACUCGUAUUUUCUUGACUUAUCAGGUUUUUAAUUCUAUUAUCUGUGUUUAUAUCGAGCUGAUUUGUUUACUGAUUAUAAUAUCGAGCAUUACUAAACGUUACUUUAUGUGAACCGAUUCUAACCGUGACAUAUUAAUGUUCGAUCUAACUCAGGGUUUCACAACCUUUUUCCAUCGAGCAUCCCUUAAUGAUAGUAUAUUCCACGCCUCUUAUUACCUUGCCAUGUACCAUACGGGGUGCCAAAUUGGUUGGGGACACCUGAUCUAAGGCCUUGGUCUCCGGUUGUGCAUAUAAGUAUUUCCAAAGUACGUGAUGCUGUUCACAUCGGAAAUGCACGGCGCCAACCGGAGACCAAGGCCUUAAGGCGGUUAUUACAUUGCUGCGCAUCCGCAGGCCGCUCCGGUGUGUGAGCAAGACAACGUUAUGCACGUGUAUAGCGAUGUCCCGCUCGCACACCGCAGCGGCAUGCGGCUGAGCGUUCAAUGUGAUGACCUAAUAUUUUAAUAAAUUGUAUUUAUAGUUUUGUACUUAGCUUUUACCUCUGUUAGUAUUCGGUGUGCGCGCAGUUGUUACGUUGUUCUAGGUGUUAGGAUACUGUUCAGCCAUAUUGUAUUCGAGAUUAUAGCGCGGAUGAUCUCACAUCGCCAAAGGCGCUUAAUUUGAAGAACUCAAAUAGUCUGUAGUAGAUAUAUGUAUACCUAUUAGGUUAUCGAGAGGUAAAAGUGAGGUCUGAUUUAUAUGAAAAAUUAUAUAUGUAUUAUGUUUACUCUUUAGAACUAAAAACAGAUAAUGUACAGUGCCUGACUGAACUGAUAACGUGAAACAAAACAAAGAGAAUAUUAAUAUAUUGUAAAUAAAAAACGAAAAGUAAUGUAA